UCAUUCUGCAAGUUUUAAUCGGUUCACGUGGAUGCGUCCCAGAGACUCGGAGUCAGACUCAGGGAUCUUCCUGGCAGUGGAAGGACGCCACAUCCCCAACCUGAGAACGAUUGGAUAAAAAGAAAAGAGUCCUGCGAGCUUCGUCCCGCGCGUCACCGAUUUAGAUUAUGCACAAACUGAUUCUGCGUCUCCGACGGUAUGGUCGAUGCACGAUGGCAACCGAAGAUAAAAAUUGCAAGCAUCAUCCUGAUAGAUCACUGGAUGACGUCUUAAGGGGGAAGGUUUAUAUUGAAGAACUCCCUUCGGAUAUAGAACCUAUUAGGAGGCUGCUGGAGAAAUAUAGCGGUAUUCGUACUAGGGACGUCGACGAUCAUGUUCAUGAAAUACGAGAUCGUCUCUGGGAGAUUUAUCCCUAUGUCUACAUUGGCCACUUUCGUUUCCUUUCCCUUGGGUUCACAUCAGAUCCUCGGUACCGCAUAGCCUUAAAUCGAUUACUCGCGCCCAAGUCGGAGGCUACGUUUCUCGACGUCGGCUGCUGCGUGGGACAGGUAUUGCGACAAUUCACAUUCGAGGGCGUAGAUUCAUCGAGACUGUACGGUACGGAUUUGGAACCGCGCUUUCUAGACGCGGGCUACGACUUGUUCAAGGACCGAGACAAGCUCAAUGCUACGUUUGUAGCUGGUGACAUGUUGAGUCAGAGCGGGCAGACCGACGAAGGCGACGAGAGGUUAAAGGUGUUCGACGGCAAGAUGAAUAUCAUCCAUGCGACUAGCUUUUUCCACCUGUUCUCGUGGGAAAAUCAAGUCCUAGCCGCCAGGAGAAUGGUACGAUUUCUCGACGCGGAUGACCCCGACGUCAUGAUCUUCGGGCGCCAAGUGGGAACGACAACGCCUGGCGACAGAGAAGGGGCUGGAGGUUCUAAGAAGUUCCUGCAUAACGCUGCGAGCUGGCAAGAGUUAUGGGACGAGGUCGGCAAAGCAACUGGGACUACGUGGCGGACCGAAGUGAACGAGAUAGAAGAAUCCGACAUACAUCCAAACGGAAGUACCGACGGGACGCUUCGGCGCAUACGGUUCGGAGUUUUUCGGGCUUGAAUACAGCACCAGGGUUUAUGUACACUAAUUUUGAUGUAUACUAGUUGGCGUUCUCACGGAUAUAUCCACAGGCCACUUGAGGGAAUUAGAGCAUACGGACUACAUUGGAAGGGUAACGAGGCACGACGGAGCUUUUCUCUGCUUAUACUUCAUGGCGUUACCUGCAUUGCAUACCAACAAACUCGAAGUACCUAUUAGUCAACUGGGGGGGGGUCCAUCACUACGGCCUUGUCGAAAUGAUGUCGUUGAUAUAUAGACAUAUUUCUCAAGUACCUGAUUAACAGUUCACUAUGUCUGAAAGAGGUAGUUUUGCUCUCACCUCUUACGAGUCCUCACAGCCAGAACUCUGAAAAAUGCAGAGGUAAUAUAUUGCUAUCAUCUUGGACGUUUGAGAGUGCGUU